AAAGUCAAAGGCUUACGUCCUGAGAAGAUGCUAAAGCAAACAGAUGCCGGUGUUGAGGUUAACUUUUUGGAUACCUGACCCCCGUCUCAAGGAGCCUGCAUGCCUUCUAUACAAUACACCGUGUGCUGGAGGCUAGAAAUGUCUGACAAGAAAUCACCUCCUCCAAAGCAGGAGAAGAUAUUUACAACUGUUAAAACGCCCCAAUCAGACAGUAAAACGCUAAAGCGAAAGUUGGCAACACCAGGAUCUCCAACAGAGGAAGAAGAAAAACGCAUAGAAAGAACACCAAAACGGAAACGUCCAUCUGUUGGUCUUGACUCAUCUCCUCUGGCUGGAAGUGGUGGUACCAACAAGGGCUCCGGUGGAAUCCACCGGCUUGGCACUCACAAUGUUCCACUGUCAGAAAGGCAACAGCUGGCCAUGAUUAUUCGUAUGACAGAUGAUAAUUCACAAGAUUCCUCUCCCAAACACUCCUCUCCUGCUCAACCCCCUAACACACCUGGGAAGAGAACACCAGGUGACAAAAAGGUCCAUAAAAGGAAUGAGAGAGGAGAAACACAGCUUCACAUCUUUGCCAAGAAAGGGGAUGUCAAGCAAACAAAGAAGCUUAUCAAGGCAGGCGCAGAUGUUAACGUGCGGGAUUUUGCUGGGUGGACUGCCUUGCACGAGGCCUGUAUCCAUGGCUGCUUUGCAGUUGCCAAGCAGCUGUUAAAGGCAGGAGCCAACGUGAAUGUUCAGGGGCUGGACAAGGACACUCCUUUACACGAUGCUUCUAUCUGUGGCUAUCGCAAGUUAGUGCAGCUGCUGUUGAAGCAUGGUGCUGAUCCCUACCAGGCAAACAGUAAAGGGAAGACUGCCAUUGAUGUAGCCUACUCUGAGGAGAUAGAGAAACUGUUACGCAGAGAGAAUGUAUCGUCCAGUGGUGAGAGUUCCAGCAUGGAUGAGGCACGGUCUCCAACAUCUCCAGAAAGCACCGCAUCAACGAGGGAGGAUGAGCGACAAGUGGACAUAGAUGAAUUUGCAUUGCGGAUAUCUUCACAAAUGUCAGCUGGCCAGGGAACAACAACAACUACCACAACAGUAACGCGUUCUAACAGUGUGAGUGCCCCAGUGUCCAGUGCUGCCAGCGUGGUGUCGACAAGUACCACGCAAAGUGGUGAUUUACAGUUUAACAGAGAUAAUUUUCCCUCCAUGCACGGAACUGCAGUGUCAUCGUCAUCAGUGGCAAAACGAAUUGUCCCAAAAUCCCCAGAAGGGAAAACUAACUCCCCGCGACUGUGUCUGAAAUUCAGGUCGAGCGAUGAUGCGAACAGUGAAUCGGCAACCGCAUCCAAGGAAUGGCAGCGCUACAAGUCAUACAGUGUUACGUUGGAAACAAGAGAACCGAAAGGUUCUCCCGGCAACAGUGCAUCAUCUAGUAAUGAAAGUGAUUUGUAUGACCCCCAGUUAGAUAGUGGAGCAAAGUUAAAGUUUUCAGAGAGCCUGUUGCAUAACAGGAACAAUGGAGAUGGGAAAAUUGCUCCCAAAAUACCUUUAGACUCUCAACCUAAAGCUGUAGCGGAUAGUUUGAGAGUUAAAACGUAUGAUAGGAACAGCUUGGAAAGGGGAGGCAACCCUCCUCUACCCACUCCUUCCUCCUCCCCGUGCAAACCUUCCCAUGAGUCCAUAGACAGCUGUCAGUUAUCCUCUCAAUUUGAAGACAUCAGUGAUUCAGAGCAAGAGGAGACUCGACUUCCUCAAAGUACUGCUGAACAGGGAAGGCGUGACCAAAAGAUGGCAGGCAGCGAGCUGUCCCGCAUUCCAGUGAUAAGGGUGUCCACCACAAAUGACACUGUGUCCAAAGAGACUGUAUCAGACACCCCUGUCAGUGUAUCCCCACCUCUUUAUCGUAGUAGCUCAUGUGUAGGAAGUCCAAAACACCCAGUCUUAGAGAAUUCCCAAGACGGGGCAGAAAGGACACGGCAUAAUUCAGCACCCAACAAGAAAAGUAUACUUGUGUCAGACAGUUUAGGUUUUAAAAAUGCAGAUUGUCCAACGUGGGACACACAGGAUUCUCAUUCCUCACCGGCAGAUCGGUGGGAUACUAUAGCCUCUCCAGCCAUUCCUAAAACAGAACUACCUAGUAAACAGCAGCAACAGAUUAGUUCAGAGUGCUCACCGAGUUCCCCAAAAGGGGAAGUAAAAACGACUCGACCAUUGCCCAGUUUGCAGCAGUUGGAAAGAGAACCUGUCAAAUCUCUUUAUAAAACAGACCCUAAACAUACUUGUAAUUCUCCAAAAGUACCUCCACUUAAAAUUAUAAUGCCCACAAAGACAUCGUCUUCAGACCGUGUGGAUCCUGCUGGGAGUCCAUUUGCCAUCCAGUCAGCUCUGCCGUAUGUGGUGAAUCCCUCGCAUGCGGGGGACGGCGAGGCAGGGGUGGGCUCUGUGUCUCAGGACACUUCUCAGGCCUCCUCUACUGCCUCUUCCAGGCCUUCCUCUCGUGCCAGCUCACCUGCCUCAGACAAAGGGAUUGUUGACAUCAGUAAGAUCGUGGACAGGCUGUCUUCCCAAGCAGAGGAAGAGGACAAGGCAGAGACUGCUGAGCAGGAAGUACAGGAAAAGGUGGAAAACUCCCAGCCAGCUCCAGUCAAUGAGAAACCAAAGGAAGUGAAAGUAGAGGAACCAGAGAAAACCACAAUGGUUCUGAGGGAUAGGGACAGAAAUAAAGACACAGAGAAAUCAGACAGUAAGGAGAAGGAUCAGCCAGCCGAGAAGGAGAAUGAUAAGGGUCAGAAAGAGGCAAAGGAGCAAAAGGAAGAGAGGCGCACCACCAGGACUUUACGAUCUCAUACGCAGAUGUUACUACAACAACAGAAAGCUGAUAACCAAGACUCUAAAGAUUCUGCUCAGAAUGAUACAGCGAAGGAAGAAGAACAACAGAAGACCGAGGAAACUGAUGAGAGCCUAACAAAUCGAAAACGAAAGCUUCGACCAAAGCCCGAGCCCCCAACUCCUGAGCCCGUUUCAGUCCCUGUCCCCCCUGUGCAGUACGAGAAACCCCCCAACCCCUACGAACUUUUCUUGUCUAUACGCAGUCAGGUGGCAUCCCGGCGAGAUGGUCUAGUAACAGUGGCUCCCAAAGCACCUCAGGGAUACAAGGACUACAAGAUUGUUAACUGUAGUUAUGUGCUUCAUGGGAACUCUGCAAGUAGACUAGCUGUGCCAAUGUUAACUCCCCCUAACUCUGUGACUGGACCAAUUCGUGAUCUGUUCUUGGAGCAGGAAAAAGCCAGGUACAAGUUGCGGCUACAGCAUAUAGUGGAAAGGGAGAAGCUGAUGAUGUCUGUAGAACAGGAAGUCCUGCGGGUCCACGGGCGGGCAGCCAGAGCUAUGAUUAACCAGAGCCUCCCCCUGGGGGUCUGUACUAUCCUGAAGGAUGAAGAGAUAUACAACAUAUUUGAGAUGGAAGAAAGAGAUAAAAAUGUCCGUACGCGUUACAAUGGCCGACAGUUUCUCUCCUGGUACCAUGAUGUAAUGGACAAGUUUGAUAAAAUUAAGAGUUAUCUGCUCCUGCGACAUCACCACGAGGCUGAGUCACUUUAUGCUGUACAGAAGAUGGACUGGGAAUGGAAGCUUAAGGAGUUGGGGCUCUGCGACUCUAAUUCCACACCCGCCAUUGAUGAGCUUCAUGUUCCAAUGGUACAGGUGAAUGAGGAGUUUGAUUUGUUACCUGCAUAACGGUUACACAAGAUAGUGGAUUUCCAUGAAGAGCUUGCUGGUCCGCUGGACCUUGAUACCGUCAUCACAAAAUGUCCUCAUACCUGGAGGGAGUGCACCGCACCCACUCUGUUGCCAUGGUUAUGAGAGCAGGUGAUUCUACACCUCAGGAGAGUAACCUGUGGAGACUCUGCCACCAUUGUCACCACAGGUGGCAGAUGAAGGUGUCAUCACAAGACGUGGACAGUCAGAAGAUUUCAAGUUUGCUCUGUAGACCCAUUGUGCUGGACUGAUAUGUUAAGCCUCGCCCCACUUAACCUCUUCUUAGUUUUGGGAUAAGUUUGGAAAAGGCUAUCCCUUACUAUCGUUAUCUUUCUGGGCAGGUGGCGUGGAGACCAGCAGAGAAGUAAUAUCUACUGUUCACUUUCUCUUCAACAAGUACCUGUACAAUGGUAGGUCCAUACUGCUGCCCCUAGUCCCCUAUUAUGUUAUACCUGAGGAGUAAGGAAGAAGAGCAGAAAAAUCUGUUGGUUUGACUGUAAUUUAACCAGUUGGAGUAAUGAUCGAGGUUUGAUAAGUUUAUUGAAAGAAUUCACGGAUAAUGCUGGAGGGAUAAGACAUUAAUUCAGAGAAAGGCAGAGUAGGAGAAUGAAUGUUAAGCUCAAUCUCUGUGACUUAGAUAGACCGAAUGCAUAGAGAUUCUCACUGGCAUAAUCCUUGGAUUGUAUAGUGUCCCUUUCUCUGUAUCUCUAAUGCUUACGUGUUGAUCUCUAAAUGACAGUUCUUAAUAAUCUUUCUGCCAGAUCUUAUCCUGGCUGAAAUGGCUGGAUUGAUAAAAAAAUCUUUCACUAAGAUUGUUCGUUAAAAAAGGAGCAUUAAUAUGAAUGCCACUUUCUUCUAAGCUACUUGGUUGGAUCGCAUGGCUGUGUUUAUGUUCUGGUUUUAGUGUUCUUUAUGCUGUAGCUGUUGUGUGCUAUGUUUUGUUUUUUUGGAGUACAUUGUUCUCUGUUUUGUGUUCUGGUGCAAAAGCAGAGAAGUGAUAAGAGUUUUGAAGUCAUAAUGAUAGUGACCUUUGGUGUCAGCAGACGGUGAUCAGCAGUAGACAAGGUUGCCACAAGAGCUGACACGUCUGGUUAUGGUCAGCCUGAAUCCACAGGUGUAUACGAACAUUUACGUCUCAAGUGAUACAUUCACACGUCAUUUAAUAUUUGUGUACAUUUAAUGUAUACAUGCGCCGUUAGUGUGAGGACUUCAAAUGGGGCGCACAUUUCACAUAUUCAUUCAGCAUGCGUACAUUUUUUAGUAUACAUUUCACCUGGCGAAUUCAUAUUUGAUGUAUAUUUCACGUUACAAUCUUACCAGUGUAAUGGUAAACUACCGUUUCCCAGGAGAAUCCACAGACGGUGUAUAUAUAAAUGUGU